AGGGGAAAUAAGAGAUUGCCAUGUGAUUUGUGCUGCUGGAGUGCGUGUCAUUCACUUUACGACCAAACAUACAGAGAUAUCCUCAAGCUGAAGCAUGUCUGAGCAGGCACUUCAAGGCCAGCUGGUCCAAGGGUCAGGUUUACAAAACUGUUGAGGUAAGCAGAAGACGGAUGCUUUGCAGGGCAUUUGACACCUCUCCUUCACAGGUGCUUCUCUGUCAGGGGACCACUCAGCAGCUUUACAGCCUGGUUGGUGUAAAUCUGACUGUGCUGUGCUGCCCCGGGGCAGUCCUCAUUUAAACUGACUGUGACCAGAGGUCCCAGGUAAAGGACACUUUGCCACCCCUGCACAGCAUCAGGUUCCUGACAGGGUCCUGCGCUGGUGCUGGGAUCUCGAGCUUUUUCUCUUUCCCGUCACAUCAGUUAUGUCGGUCGGAAAACCGGGACUCCGUGGGCUUGGCUGAUGUUUGAGACCUGGCGUAGAGGAAAAGGGGUGCAAACCUCAGGGAGAGACGCGAUGGUGGUGAGCUGACUGUCAGCCUUUCCAGCCUGGGCGCUGGAAUGGCAGGAGCUGGUCUGGCACCAGACCCAGCUCGCCCGUGCAGGGGCUGCAGCUGUCAGAGCAGCAGCAGCGUGUGUGCUGUGCUGGUGCAGCUAAUAGCUGCUCUGAGGACUUGCCUACGUGGGAAAAUUUACCAGCGUAAUUAUUCCACUGUAAUUAUCCCAGGAUAACUCUCCCUGUGGAUGUGCUUAAUAUAACAUAGGGUAUGUAUGAAUGUAUGGCAAAUCUUCUGCACAGAUGGGGUUUAAGUUACAUAGAGGAGGAAUGUUUACAUUGCAGCCCAGCAGCAAAGCACAGUUUAUAUCCUACUUCCCAGCAAAUGUUACACCCAGAAUUUUCUGUGCCAGAGGUACUUUCAGGGGGAAGUACGUGUCAUUUGAUCUGAUCAGCAAAAAUGUAAAGCCUCAACCUUGCCCUGUAAACAUGGGGCACAACGCUUGCUUUUACAGAAUCGCUGUGGAAGCCAGGGUAAAGGCUGGGACACUGCUUUGUACCUCUCUGUGAUCCUGUUCACCUCUUUUUCAUAGAGUGAUCAUUUAAAUUCGUUGCUGAUUUGACUUUUUUGUUCAAAACACUGUGACUGAAGUUGGGAGAAACCCUUGGAUCUCUAAAAGCUCUUCAAACACAUGAUUUUGACUUUUUCUACCAGGCUUUCAGGCCACAUUCUUUUGCCAGAUGUUGUCAUUCCUAUUGCUUGAGUGCUUAGUCCCCUCUCCUCUGAUAACUCUCCUACUUGGGAUUUUGGCUUCUUCAAUCUGAUAUAAGGUGAAUGGCUGGGGAAAUGAUGAGCACCAGGCGUGUUUUUCUAUACUCCAUGGUAAAAAAGAGAAUUUGCUGGGAGAAAGCUGAGCUGCACCCUUUAAGAGGAUGAAGAUGGCUGCACUUCCUGAAGCCUGCUCAGCAUUCACCCAUCACUGCUGCUGUCAUCCUGACUCGGGGGAAGCAGAGGUGUCCAUCAUCAGGAGUCACUUGGCGAGACCAAAUUUACUGGGAUAGCAGUCCCAAAAGGAAGUUAAGAUAAUUUUGUUUUGGGCUCAAGUCAAUUCUGACAGAAAGAGGAAAAAAAUCCAACCAAUAACUAAUCUCUCUAAAUUAUCUCUUAAUUUUUAACAAUUAAAAAUAGUGAGAGUCAUGUGAUAAUAGACUGGAAGAAAUGGUACAAUAAAUUCAGCAGCAGCACUUGGAAACAAGAUUUCGAGUUGAAAUUACUUAGCUAGAUGUAUCGUGAAGUUCAGAUCCAAUGCAUCAGCUGUUAUUAGAAGGUCAGGAGUAAAAUAAUUGUAAGUGGUUAUGUUGCCUGGAUUAUGCCUGGACCAAACCUCCAGACCCAAGCAGUCUGAUCUACUGUCAGGUGCCAGAAUUACUUCUGAGAGACAGUUCAUCUGCUUUCCCCCCCCACCCAGUGUCAGCAGGAGCAGUAGGUUUCAGAAAUCCCAUAAAAAACAUUUGAUUUGCGCAACACAAUUCCCAAAACUUCAACUGCUAUUUUUUUUGCAGCAUCUGAGAUAGAGUUAUUUUAGGAUUAUUGCCCAUGUGAAACUGUACUAUGUUCACAAGAGUCCUUUUUCUUGUUUUCCAGUUUGCUGAAAAAUCCUGGCCUUGCAGUAAGGCAGCUGACUCACUUCCGGUUCAUCAAAAAAAUUUGGAAAUGGCCUCUGUGUCAGGCACUUUUGUGGGUCGAAGCAUACCAGUCGAAGUGGAUGAAUCCAUGCCAUGGCCCCAGUUACCUGAACAUGUCUUGGAAAAGGCUUUGCAGCCUUCUGGAGAGGAUAUGGAGGAUGAGGAGGCCCAGAGCACACGUGUUGCUCGAACACCUCAAGCCGAUCCAUCUAGCCUUUGCAGAGCACCAGCACAUCAUCAUUCAGUGCUGUCCGUGGAGCCAGACAGCAGCUUGUGGUCAAAAUAUACUGAUCCUGAUGGAGGCGGACACUCCCGUUCCCCUGGUGAAUCAAUAUCAGGAGUAUUUCCCUCGAAGACACAUUCUAUAGCUAGGGACAAGCCAGGCAUGCAGCCAAGAUCACAGCUUUCAGCUGACACCAGGCACAAGUCCAGUAAAUCAGAGCAGAUCUUGUCUGAUGUUCCUGAGGACUCACUGGAGGAAAGCAGCCAAGGGAGUUCACAGUCACAGCAGCCCUCAGGAAACAGACUCCUGGCAGAGCUGGGGACUGUAGAUACCGGGUACAACUCCCAGUCGCAAGACGUCAUGGGCAUCAGGCAUCUGGAGCCCCCCUUACCCCUGGUGUCUGUGCUGAACCCCCAGGACCUCCCGGGACCACUGAUCUCCAGAGAGUUUUUGGGACCUGAGCAUCAGCCGUGCCCUAUGUGCCAUCACUUGCCCCAUCCCAACACGCCCUCGCAAGCCCAGGGCUGCUUCAGGCACCGCUGCCCGGCACAGCAGCCCCCUCAAGGCCCAUAUGGCAGAGCUCCUUACCAACAUUUUGCUGAGCCAUCGCAACCACUUCCUCCUGUUCCUGGACCUUGCAUGAGAGUUAUCCGCCCAGCCCAGCAAGUCAUCCCAAAUUACUCAAACCUCCGUGCUCCCAAAGGCACUGGAGAUCGACCACCCCAGAGGACGUGCUCCUCCCCUGGUCCUCCUCGAUUCCCAAACCAUCUAUACAACCAGCUACCUAAUGGUCAGCUUCCCCCCAAGGCAUGUGGACCAGAUGAAGCAUGUGGUUGUCCUUCAGACAAUUUUCCAUCUCCAGCUGCUGUCCCAAGACCUCUCAGUAACCCUGCAGCCAGGGGAACUCUGAGAACCAGCAAUCUGCCGGAGGAGUUGCGCAAGGUCUUUAUAACCUACUCAGUGGAUACGGCAGUGGAGGUUAUGAAAUUUGUGAACUUCCUGUCUGUAAACGGAUUUCAAACUGCUAUUGAUAUCUUUGAGGACACGGUACGAGGUAUUGACAUCAUUAAGUGGAUGGAGCGCUACCUAGGUGAUAAGACGGUGAUGAUAAUCAUAGCAAUCAGUCCAAAAUACAAACAGGAUGUGGAAGGGGCUGAAUCCCAGCUGGACAGGGAUGAACAUGGCUUACAUACUAAAUACAUCCACAGGAUGAUGCAGAUUGAGUUUAUACAGCAAGGAAGUAUGAACUUCAGAUUCAUCCCUGUGCUUUUCCCAAAUGCCAAAAAGGAACAUGUGCCUACCUGGCUGCAGAACACUCACAUUUAUAACUGGCCAAAGAAUAAGAAGAACAUCCUUUUGCGGUUGCUGCGGGAGGAGGAAUACGUUGCUCCUCCAAUAGGACCUUUACCAACACUCCAGGUUGUGCCGCUAUGAACAUUAUAACUUAAAGCACAUGAGGAGUGGUUGUUAAAGGGUUGUUCCUGGCAGGGAGCCAGCACUCUUCCAGAUGGCUCUUUUUGAUGACAGAAGACACUCUUUCUGCUAAAGGAAUUGGUUGUCUUGGGUUACUCAGGCUCAGCUUGUUCUCUACCAUGUUAAACAUCUAUUUCCAAAGCUGAUGGGGCAGAACUCUCUUCUCUAGAUUUUUUAAUAAGCUACAAAUGGAAAGAAUGCCCAGUUUUAUUUUAACAUCUGGUUUUAGCAUAUUCCUUUUAUUAGUCAUUAUAGCAAACAAAUACCAGAAAUUAUGUUGCAAUAAGUGUAAAAUAAAAAUUACAUCCUCCUUUUUGCUCAGGGUUUCUUUAAAGAUAUUCCUGCUUUGUAUAGCAUUAUUGAACCAUCAAUUUGUAUAUACACUAUUAAAUAUAUUUGCCUUUUGUAAGGCAAUCUUAUAUACCA